AUGGAUACAGAAACAGUCACCAUAUUGCUCGUAGGCGAUGAGAAGUGUGGCAAGACGUCUUUCCUGUCACGCAUCAGCGCUGGCGAGGGAACCGGCCCAGUGACUAUGCUCCGCGACAUUGACCAGCCGUUCAUCUUUGAGAUCAAGCUUGGCGCACGGCCCUAUCGCCUUGAGUUUUACGAUAACAACAGCCCUGACAGCUGGAAGCUUCUCGACCCUGACGUCGUUGUCAUUUGCUAUGACAUAAGCCAGCGACUCAGUCUCAUCAACACGCGCAGAGUGUGGUUGAGAGAGGUCAAGAUGGCCUUCCAGCGGAUUGAUAACCUCCCUAUCCUGGAAGCGUACGCGCAGGCGCAGGAGAUGCGCGUCGACAGGUACAUGGAGUGCUCUGCCGUGACGGGUGAGCUCCUGAAGCCGGCCUUUGAAGACAUCUGUUUCACGGCGGUCAAGACGACAUCUGCAGCAGGCGGCCAGAGCGAGGGCGGCUGCACACUCAUGUGA